GUUUUUUUUUUGAAAAUGUGGCGUUUUUAGUUCUCUUAAUUCCCUUAUAUAAUAAUUUGCGCAUUCCUUUCUCCAUUCCAAAAUUCCACAACCUUGUAAGGAAUUACAUAUUCUGUUUGUUACUUUAAUCAUCCAUUGGUUUAUCAGUAAUUCCAAAAUCCCCUUGCAUCUAGUGUUCCAGAAUCACAGAACCCAUCAAUGCGAAACAGUUUUUGGAAAUUGAGGGUUAAAAGGGAAUAUGGGAUCUAGUGGAGGCAAGCUUCUUGGAGAGGUGGGUUAUGAUUGCCGUCGUUGUCAGAGACAAAGUGGUGGGUGGAGGAGGAAGGGGAAGAUCUGGGGAGGAUUAGAGAAGAGAAUACAUCAUGGGGAGGUGAACUAAUUGGUGAGAAAGCAUAAAUAUUUUUAAAUAUU